AACUGUUCUUUGAGUACUUAUUAUGCAUUUUAAUUAAUGAGGUUGAAUCUAUAUUAAUUAAUUUCAUCCAAAUAAUUUAAUCUGCACUAAUAUUAUUUUCUGCGAGAGAGAGAGAAAGGAAGAAGUAGAAGAGAGACGCAAAAUUCAGGAAGUGAUAUUGCACCGGCGGAAUUCAACUCACUCGACUCAUAUUUUCACUCUAGAAAGAAAGAGUACUAAACUCAAAGACAAGAAAUAAGCCUGGCCGACUGAACCACCCAAUUUACAACUCUUGAUUGUUAAAAUAGAUUCACACUCAGUCUUUGAAAAAUCAUCACAUUUCGUUGCACACAAGAAUCUCUCGAUUUUGAUUGACUAGCUGACCGAAAACUAAAGUAUUCGAUAAAAAUUUCUUUUACUUCGUCUUUGACGUGAUUGAGUGGUGUGACGUGUCGCCAACAAAUCUUUGUGGUACAGGAAUGGAUGGUCGAGGCGAGGGUGACAUUUCGAUUCUUAAUCAAACAGACCAGGAUAAAGUAGUAUCUUCAACCUCCAACGGCCACAAUCAUCAUUCUCAUGACGGUCAAGGCGAUGCUGGCGAUGACCGUCAUGAUACCGUCACCGAAUUCGGCGAUAAGAAGGUGUCUCAAGAACAUUUUGGCGAUUUAGACCACCUCCCCUCAGCAGAAUCCAGUUUGGAUUACCGGACGAGAAAAAGGGUUGAAGAAGCCAAAUCUAAAGCCCGGCCAGAACUGAAAGGAAGAGCGGCUUGGGCGAGUCGUCAGCACUUUAUACAUUUCGACACAUCGCUGUCUUCCGUCAAAGAAUCUGUAGAUGAAAUUCCUCGAAUUCAUGUGGACGAUGUUGAUUUGGAACAAUUUAUCGAACACUUUGAAAAACCGUAUUUACCUUGUGUCAUUCUUGGUGCGUCAGACGAUUGGGUCGCAAACGAUAAAUGGACCCCACAGAGAUUAGCCAAGAAAUAUAGAAAUCAAAAGUUUAAAUGCGGCGAAGAUAAUGAAGGAUACAGUGUCAAAUUGAAAAUGAAGUAUUAUGUUGACUAUAUGCUUACCACGAACGAUGACAGCCCAUUGUACAUAUUUGACUCUAAUUAUGGCGAGCAUCCACGGCGUAAACGACUUCUGGAAGACUACGAUAUUCCUAAAUACUUCCGAGAUGACUUGUUUCAAUAUGCGGGUGAAAAACGGCGACCACCUUAUCGUUGGUUUGUCAUGGGCGGGUGUCGCUCUGGAACGGGAAUUCAUAUUGACCCGUUAGGAACAUCGGCAUGGAAUUCGCUCAUUCGUGGUCACAAAAGAUGGUGCUUGUUCCCAACCAAUACUCCAAAGUCACUUAUUAAAGUUACCCGAGAAGAAGGAGGCAAACAGCAGGAUGAGGCUAUCACUUGGUUUGAUAUUAUUUAUCCUCGAACUCAAAUGUCUGACUGGCCGGCAGAAUACAAGCCUCUCGAAAUUCUACAACGGCCUGGAGAGACAGUGUUCGUUCCUGGUGGUUGGUGGCAUGUCGUGCUAAACUUAGACACCACAAUCGCCGUAACACAAAACUUUUGUUCCAAAACGAAUUUUCCAAUCGUCUGGCAUAAAACUGUUCGAGGGAGACCAAAGUUAUCUACAAAGUGGCAAAAGGUUUUGAAGUCUAAAUUCCCUGAACUUGCUGCCUUGACCGAGAGCAUUGAUCUUAAAAAGCACUCUGGCAUUUUCUCCGACUCCUCAUCCGGAUCUUCCUCAAGUUCUUCCAGCUCGUCCUCAUCAUCAUCUUCCUCUUCUGAUUCUUCUUCUGAUUCCGCCUCCGAGGAUAGUGGACAGGCAAGUUUGCACGAAAAUAAAAAGAAACACAGGCGAAGAUCGUCUAAUUCUUCGUCCCACAACAAGUCACGAUCCACAUCACCACCACAGCCAUCCAAAAAGGGACACAGCAGCAGCAGCGUCACUGUUUCAUCACGUCGAGAGACAACACCUGUCCCUUCGUCCUCAUCAUCAGGAAAGCGAACGCUCCCACAUAUGCGAGCAUCAUCACCUUCCCCAAGUCGAAGCAGGUCAAGGUCACCUCGUCGCGCAUCCUCACAUCACUCGCAUCAUUCCAGUAGCAGCAGUAAAUAUGGUGAUAAGGAUAAAAAGCAUCGAAGUUAAACUAUUAGAAAGUCUGAUUACGGCGGGUCUUGAUAUUAUUGUUUAGAAAAAAAUCACUAACCAAUCAGUAAAAUUUAAACCAACUUUAAAUGGAUGACUGACUAUCUGAUAAUAUGCUGUGUGAUAUUGGUGUAAUAAUUCUAAAUUUGCUAACAAAAUUAAUCUGGUAAUAAUUAAUUGCGCAAUAAUUACAGAGGGUGUUUACAGAUUUUGUGGAAAGACAAUUUUAUGGAUCUGAACAGGUAUGAAUUGGAAAAAUGCGUGAAUUUGUUCAGCUAUUAAAAUGAAGCUAAACAUUGCUACGAAUCAAUUAAUGCAAAUCAUCACACCAAUUCUUAUAAAUUGAUCCUGAUUAAUAAAUAUGUGACAAGAUAA